AUGUUCACAAUAUAUCAAAUGAUGAACAAAUACAAACAACUUCAGUCAGCUAAUAUCAAUCCGGAAAAACUUGCUGACAAAUUAUAUAAGCCUAUUACACGUGAUGAGAUCCGAAAUAGAAUGAUUGCUAUUGCUAACAGCAUACACCUUGCUAAAGUUCUCGAAUUCGCCAAAAAAGCAUACACUUGUGUCGCCAUCGAUGAAGGCAAGACACAUGAUUACCACAAUCUUGAUUUUGUCUUAACAAAUCCGUUGGAGCAAAUGAAGCCAUACCCAGUAGAGGCGAUAGAUAUGAAGGAUGGCCAGACAAGUCAGGAUUAUAAAUCCGCAAUAACAGCAGGAUUUAACAGAAUUGACAUUAGGAAAGUCAAGAUAGGUAGUGUGGUAGUUGACGGAGGACCAGCACAGUUAAAAUGCUUCAAAGAUACUUGGAAUGAUUCAUUCUAUCAUGACAGAGAUCCAAAAUACUACAAGAUAUUGCUUAUUCCCUGUUUGUGUCACAGAAUCCACAACAGCUAUCAAUAUAUUGCUGGCAAGAACAACCAGUUACAAAGUUUAGUAAAGGAUGUGCACAGAAUUGCAGAACUUUGUCGCAUUCAUGCUGACGAUAUAGGUGCACAAUGUCCACAGCAUGUAUCCACCAGAUGGAUAUAUGACUAUAAUAUAUGUGUCUUUAUUCUUAAGUACGAAAACAAAAUCAAGCAAUAUAUAAAUGUAGAUCACGAUAAAAUCGUACAAUUGAAAGAUUGUUUAGCUGUUCUUAAAAAGCUAAUCUUAGUAUUCGAAUCGGAUAAGGCAUUGUUGGCAAAUUGUUACAUUUGGCUUC